UAAAGAAGGAAGUGAGACGAAGCCGAGACUUCCAUGGUUUCAAGAUGCAGCUCCUCCUUUAUCCUGUGAGUCUGAUCCUGCUCGUGACCUUUUCCAUCGCGACGCCACCGCCCGGCUACGUAAAACCAGCGAACAACGAUAAGGAUCCACCGAGAUACGAAUACGGAUACGAGAUCGCGGAUGACGAUGGGAAAGAGAGCCAGGGAAAAAGUGAGACAAGAUCUGGGGAAAUGGCGAGCGGUCGAUACUACGUUAAUGGCGAGAAAUCCACGACGGACGUCAAGUACUAUGCUGACGAGUGGGGUUAUCAUCCCCUGGUGAAGUACCGAGCUAGCAACGAUCAUAGCGUUGCUACAACCCAUUUCGCUCUGGGCGAACACGUCGUAAAGUCACUUCUCAAUGGGAGCCAAGUCGGCGGGGAGGUGAAGCUGCUUCCGCUGAAAGUUCGUCAGGAACAACCUCAUCGACACCAGUUUCGUCGUCGUCGUCCUGUACAACUGGUGCAACCGUACACUUCAGAAUUGACCGAAGCUGCCAGCAGUAGGACUCCUGAAGAUGCUAUUUUCUCGAACCUGCCUGAUACUCACUCGAUCGACGAUACGUCCGAUGUCAAUUCACCGUCAAAUUACGACAGUCAACGAACCGGCUCAGCUGGAGAUUCGAAGCUCGAACUCGGGAUUUCCUCGACGCUAAGCUUCGAGCAAAAUUUUCAUAAUUACGUAACUCUACCAAAACCGAGUUUGGAAUCUGUCGAAGAGUCCAGACGAUCGACGGCUGACGUGAACGAUUAUGUCCGUCAAAGGACUCAUGCAGGCUCCAUAACCCGAACCACUGGUAUACCUGAUCAUCGAACUUUCACCCCGUCGAACAUUAACCUGGAUCCAUCCUCGACGGCGAAUCCCUGGUCGACCGAAAAGCUCCAUUCCCAGAACGAUAAUCUCCUACGUGCAAACGAGGAUAGCAACGAUUUGUUCUCGACUAUAUCCGAUGACGUUCUGCAAGUUGAAAAUGCUGGGAGCUUCGGUCGUCGAAUAAAACCAACCUUGACCCCGUUCAAUGCCGGAAAUCUCUCCAGGUCGAAGUCCCAUGGGAAAAUAGUCUCAAGUUCCCCCGGACCCUCUUACGAGGUCUCCGCGUCAAGGUCGACGCAGCGGUUUUCCGAAACGAGCGUCAAGCACGGAGCUUCUUCGUACGCAGCUCAUUCGACGAGCGCUACACCGCCGCACACAAACAGCGUAACUUAUUCAACGCUGAUUCCCAAUGACUCGGAGCUCUUUAUUCCCACGCCAAAACCGGAGUUGGGGGAUCUUCAUAAUUCCGUCGGAACAGAAGCUGCGCUGAGCGACUUCGAAAAGAUCGUGACCGAUGUCCGGCACGGUGACAAUGCCGCAUCGAGCUCAUAUUCGAGUGUAUUUUCCAAAAUCCAUCCUAACAGUGGAGAUCAAGGUACCGGACAGAGAGUCAAUUCUCUCCUAAUCAGUAAUUCGGAACUGUUGCGAUACGAAGGUGAAGAUAAAAACGCGAGUUCGCAGCGAGAGAUGGGUAGGUCAAGGAGACCGGGACUCUCGAAUAAUGGGAAACGAGUGGAUCAUCAGUUGUACGUGACUCUGAGACAAUCGUUAGAUUCGGAGAUAGGAGAGUUGUCACAUGUUCCUUCAGCGACACCCCCUACGUUGUCGACCUACAGUUCCAAGCCGAUCGUAGUAGCUGAAUUGCCGAAUUACAAAGCUGACAAGGGUAUCGAAUACAGCACGACAUUCCCGUGUCAUCAGGAGGAAAGCACCACGAUAAUGCCAAGUGUAUCGAGCACAUUUCCAUCAAGGUUUGCCGAAGAUUCGGUGGCUCUGUUCGUAACACCGGAGCAUCGGGAACAUCAAAGCGCUAUAACAACAUCAUCGGUGAUUUUGAAUCCUAUACAAGCCGGUGUAUCCUUGGUGAACGCUGAUCAAACCGAACUCAUAAGGGAGGGGAAGGAGGAAGGCGCAUCACCUGCCCCGGUAAACGAAAACGUCGAGGGAGAUAGUUCGGCGGAGCCAAUGAGAAAUGUUCCAUCUGGGAAUGGUAAUGAAUUAGGAAAGAUCGUGACAGAGGAGACAAGAUCAAAAUUUUACGGGAGCAUAAAUCCUGCGUAUGUCCAGUCGACAUUUCGUAAAUCGAUGGGAACGAGUGAGACUGGGAUAAAUUCAGCGAGCAAUGUGGCUCCGGUGGAUGGAAACACGGAGGAUCAGCAAAUUGAGAUUCAGAAGUCGGUGGAGAUAUAUCACAAUGCUCCCGUGCACGAAAUACAUUAUCCGCCUCAAGUGAUCACACAGGUAUCCGGCAUCAAUCACCUCCGUGAGCAAGAGGUGAAACAGCAUCGGGAGAGCAUUGCUGAACUGUUACAUCAACGAGAUGAGGUGAAGGAGGCCGGGGAGACGAGCAGCAGUUACGUCGAGUUACAGGACGUCGGGAAUGCCAAACAGUUUCAUAGCCCUGUCCAAGUAUAUAACGGUGAAGAGAAGGCGAGCCAUGAAUCUCGCGGUACUCAGUUAUCGUCCGAGAACAUUCGAGAUUCGUCGCUCAUCGGGGCAUCGGUUUAUCACGGUAAUCACGUUAGGCAAGACAAUGAAUUGCUCGAUUAUCCGAUCGAGCAGAAUAAUGGACUGCCAACAUUGCUACCAGGAGGCGAGGAUGCUCCUAAGAUAAUCAAAUUGAUAAGGGAUAGCAUACCGGAAGUCAAGUAUACACCGGCUAAAACACCGCGUAUAAAUGUAAAAGUAUAUCCGGCCGUGCCGGAGGCCAUUGAAAAUGGACGGACUCAUGAUUGGCAGCAAGAGGUCGUUCCUGCCCAGGAACAACGAGACCAUCCAAAGGCCAAUACCGCGGAGCAAGCCAAGAGGCCGCAAUCUCAGCUGCAACAAAUAUUGAGCGAAAACGAGAAUGUGCAGCAUUACUUCAGUGGCAACGAGUGGAGUAAUUAUCAGUCUCAGCAUGAUCGACAAGUACAACAGCAGCAACAACAUCAACGGAAACAACAGGCCGGAGAACACCGAGAUUUUCACGGAAAUUACCAGGUUCAAGAGACCAUUGACGAGCCUAAGCAACCUCUUGAACAACAAUCGACUGUCCAGCCUUGGCUUCAAUUUCACGAGGCGUCGGGGUUGAAAAAUAUUCAUGGCAAUACUGGCAACGUCGGUGCAGAUGGUUCAACAACGUUUCACAGCCUGCAGCAGCUCCACUCAAGUGGACCGACGCAGGAAAGAAUCGUAGAAAAGACGAUUCACGUGCCGCAACCGUAUCCCGUGGAGGUGCCCCGGAUUAUCGAGAAAAAGGUUCCCUACCCGGUGGAAAAAAUUGUCGAGAAAAAAGUUCCUUAUCCGGUUGAAAAGAUAAUUGAAAAGAAGGUACCAGUCCCGCAUCCUUAUCCCGUCCACAUUCAAGUACCGGUCGAUAGGGUUGUCGAAAAACAAGUGCAAAUUCUUCAACCUUAUCCAGUUCAUAUUGAGAAAAUAAUAGAGAAGAAGGUACCGUACCCAGUUCAGAAGCUCGUGCCACAGCCCUAUCCCGUUCACAUUCUUCAGCCUUACCCGGUAGAAAAAAUAAUCGAGAAACCAGUUCACAUUCCUGUGACAGUUGAAAAAAUCGUUGAAAAAAAAGUGCACAUUCCGCAACCUUAUCCCGUACAGGUACCAAUAAAAGUGCCUUAUCCGGUUGAAAUUACGAAAUAUGUUGAAAAUACGGUUCAAGUGCCUUAUGGUGUCCGUUACGGUGUCAGCUAUCAACAGAUUAUGAAGCCACAGUCGUACAAAGGUUUGUACGGGGGUCAGAGUACCGUGUCAGUUCCUUUGUACGGUGUAUCCUUAGUGAGUAAUCACAAUCGUGAUCGUGAGCGUCCCAACGUCACCCAAGAUUUCCAAGGCUACAAUUACAAUAAGCCAGCAAUACCGUUCAUCAGUGGAUUAGUAGAUCCAACGAACAUUGAUCUGCAGCGAAGCAACGGUAACGCUUGGGAAAAAUAUGCUUACGAAAAAUCGUCAGCAGGACAGGAGCAUCAUCAAACUUUUGGCAAGAAAUCUUAUCUCGGUCACCCCUCGAAGGUUCCGUCCUUGACUUAUCCGUUUAGAAAUUAUUCAGGAACUAAUCGAAGGCAAAUCUCCCAUCGACACAACAAUGCACCUGGUCCUGAGCAACCCAUCAGCAAAGACGAGUACGUCGGACCUGUUCCUCUGUUGAAAUAUAACUCGCACCAUCAAAUCGUAAGAUCGCGAAGUUCCACCGAUCAACAACAGCAGCAUCAGUCAUCGUUCAAGCCGCAGCAUUCAACUGCCGUCACCCGUGCCUCGUCAUCGGCAGCUUUAUCCGAUUCACCGAGACGAACGAGGCAGCAGGAUAGUUCUUUUCAUCUGCAAACGGGCCCAGGUGCUUUCAGACAGUCCAAGAUCGAGUAUGGAUUCAAACCCCCGAUGGUGCCUUCCGUCCAGUAUGACGAGAAGACGGCGACUAAAGUGGAAAAGUGACAUUGAAGAAAAAAUAGGCCUAAGAGCCCUCAUUUGUAUAUUGCUUCACUCCCUCCCAUCGCUCUCCAGCUUGGUCGUCGUUAUAAUGAAAUUUAUUUAAAUGUUUAAUCCCUAAGUUAUUUAUAACACGAGCAGGUAGGAUAAACGAAAGUGCUUUUGUCGGAUCUUUGGAUCAGUUCGAUGUUAAGGUCCGAUUUUUCGCAAGUAUUGUGUUCACCUCAUCGUUAAUCAUGCUCGUUCGAUCAUCUUUUUUGUACAUUUUUCUGUAUCAUAAAUAGUUAACAAG